GGAAGUAAGUGAGCUGCAGUCCCAAGAGAGCACAAGAUCCCUUCUUCCGUUCAGACAUGCCGAAUUCAAGCAGCUCCACAUCUUCCACAAAGAGCAUCCGGAGAGCUGCGUCUGAGCUCGAGCGCUCCGAUUCCAUCACGUCUCAAAAGUUUGUGGGAAGGCGGCAGAGUUUGAUCGAGGAUGCGCGCAAGGAGCGCGAGGCGGCGGCCGCAGCGGCGGAGUCCGCGGGACUCAGCGAGCAGAUCGUGUUUGAGGAGAGCGAUGGAAAAGCCUUGCUCAGUCUCUUCUUUUCUCUAAGGAGUUCAAAGAGUCCAGCGCUGUCCCGCACGCUUAAGGUUUUUGAGACAUUUGAAGCCAAGAUCCAUCAUCUUGAGACCAGACCGAGCCGAAAACCGAAGGACGGUCUGGAGGAUCUGGAGUAUUAUGUUCAGUGUGAGGUGCACCUCUCAGACGUCAGCACACUGGUCAGCUCUCUCAAGAGAAGUGCAGAGAACGUCAAAACCACUAAAGAGGUCAAAUUUCACUGGUUUCCAAGAAAAAUCGCUGAACUGAAUAAAUGCCAUCAUCUCAUCACCAAAUUUGAUCCGGAUCUGGAUCAGGAUCAUCCAGGAUUCACUGACCCCAUUUACAGAAAACGCCGGAAGAUGAUUGGAGACAUUGCCUUCAAAUACAAACAUGGAGAACCGAUUCCCAGAGUGGAAUAUACAGAAGAGGAGAUCGAAACAUGGCGUGAGGUCUACUCCACCCUCAGGGAUUUGUACACCACCCAUGCUUGCAGUGAACAUCUAGAGGCUUUCUGCUUACUGGAGAAACACUGCGGCUACAGUCCUGAUAACAUCCCUCAGCUGGAGGAUGUGUCCCGCUUUUUAAAAGAGCGCACAGGGUUUCAGCUGCGUCCGGUGGCAGGUCUACUCUCCGCUCGGGAUUUUCUGGCCAGUCUGGCGUUCCGUGUGUUCCAGUGCACACAAUACAUACGGCACGCUUCCUCCCCCAUGCACUCGCCUGAGCCGGAUUGUGUCCAUGAACUUCUCGGACAUGUACCGAUAUUGGCUGACAGAACAUUUGCACAGUUUUCUCAGAGUAUUGGUCUGGCCUCUCUUGGAGCUUCUGAUGAAGAUAUCGAGAAACUGUCAACACUGUACUGGUUCACAGUGGAGUUUGGACUGUGUAAGCAGGCAGGGACGGUCAAAGCGUACGGAGCAGGACUGCUCUCGUCUUAUGGUGAGCUGGUGCAUUCUCUCUCAGAUGAGCCAGAGCGACGGGAAUUUGACCCGGACAUUGUAGCUGUUCAGCCAUACCAGGAUCAGACUUACCAGCCCGUCUAUUUUGUGUCUGAAAGCUUCUCAGAUGCUACAGAGAAACUGAGAACAUACGUGACCCGCAUCAAGAGACCAUUUUCUGUUCGGUUUGACCCGUACACAGACAGCAUAGAAGUGCUGGAUAACCCACUGAAGAUCCAACAGGGGCUGGAGACCAUUAAAGAUGAACUGAAGAUUCUCACGGAUGCCCUGAAUGUGCUGGCUUAAUUCUGUCAGUCGUCCUGUUCCUCUCUGCUUCAUAUGUGACAGUCUCAUCGCUAUGCUGUGCGUUUAUGUCUACAUCUGCUGCUACAGACAUUGUUGCUUUUAAAACGCUGAGUACCAACCUCAAAACCUCACAUCGGUAGUUGAUUCCAGAAACCUUAAAGGAAUAGUUCACCCAAAAAUGAAAAUUCUGUCAUCAUUUAUUCACCUCCACAUGUAGUUUCAAAGCUGUAUGACUUUCUGUGGAACAUGGAAGAAGAUAGUUUGAAGAAUUCUGGUAACUAAAGAGUUCGGGCUCCUGUUGACUUCCAUUGUUUUGGGGUUUUUCAUCUAUAUAAUGGAAGUCAAUGGUAACCAAGACUGCUUGGUUACCAACAUUCUUUAGAAUACGUUCUUUCAAGUUCAACAGAAUAGAGACAGUCUUAAGUAGAUAUAUUAUGUGUUGGUAACAAAACAGUUCUGGUUUGUAGAAUAUUCCAUUGUAUAGACAAAAAACAUACUGAAAGUCAAUGGGAGUCGAUACUGUUUAGUUAUCAACAUUACUCAAAAUAUAUUCUUGGCAGAUAUAUUAUAUAUUGGUAACCAACAGUUCUUGUUGACCCACUGGCAUUUUAUAGACAAAAAACAUACUUAAAGCCAAAAGUAACUAAAAUUAUUUAGUUACCAACAUUCCUCCAAAUAUUUUCUUGGUAGAUAUUUUAACCAAACAAUUCCGGUUAUCAUGUAUUGACUUACAUUUUAUAUACAAACAAUAUAAUGGAAGCCAAUGGAAACCGAACAGUUAAGUUAGCAACACCUUUCAAAAUAUCUACCAAGAAAAUAUUUUAAAUGUUGGUAACCAAACCGUUUUUAUUCUCAUUUCAUUUUACCAUAUGGAUGGAUGGAUAGAUAGAUAGAUAGAUAGAUAGAUAGAUAGAUAGAUAGAUAGAUAGAUAGAUAGAUAGAUAGAUAGAUAGAUAGAUAGAUAGAUAGAUUGGAAGUCAAUGGGAACCAAAUCUGUUUAGUUGAAAACAUUCUUCAAACUAUCUUUUGGGCGUAUUAAAAAAAAAAGUAAAAAAAAAAAAAAGUUACCAAAUGCCUUUGGUUUGACAAAUAUAAAUAUAUAAAUUAAAAUAAAUAAAUAAAUGGAGGUCAAUGGAAAAUGAAACUUUUUGUUUUUUCAUUUUUACAUGAACUAUCGUUUGGCUGGAUUGAUGGAUCACUCUGUGAAUAAAAAAAGAACUGUGUGAAUACGACAUAUUAUUAUUAUUAUUAUUAUUAUAUUUUUUUGAUAGAUCUUACCCAGAGUAAAUCAAGCCAUUAAAGCUAUUGAAGCCAGAAGUUAUUUAUGAAGAUGAAGCGCUACACUAAAAUAAAAUAUGUACAGUAUAUAAUUAAAUAUGUCUUAUCAAUAAAAAUUCUGAAUGUAUCAAUAUUUCAAAUUUAUUCUUAAAAUAAUAAUACAGACACAAAAUUUAAUUUGCAUGUUAUUCUAUCUCUGCAAACAAUGGUGCAAAAAUGGAAAUGACGUUUUUAUUGUUUAAGCAUAAAUAAGAAAAAAGGAAACUGUGUGCAAAGUGGCUAUGAUGUGCCAAUAUAAAGCAAUGUGUUUAAAAAUA